CUGUCAUGUGCACUCCAGAUUAUCUUGUGAUUGGCUGAGAGCUCAGCUUCCUCCUGUCUACUCGCAAUGUCUGAGCGCUCUCUUUCGGCUGGGCUCUUGGGGGCCACUGUCGCCCCGCCGCCUAUAGGCCCCUGCUUAGGCAAUGACGUACCAACCACUGUCCCUCCUCCUGCUGCAGGAGGUCCGGUUCGAAUGAACUUGUACGCCACUUGGGAGACAGAUCGAGGAAGCGCUUCUUGCGUACCCAGGCUCUUUUCUCUGACAUUGAGAAAACUUGUUAUGUUCAAAGACCUGGAUAAGGAUUUAUCUUCUGUUGUCAUCGCAGUCAAACUUCAGGGCUCAAAACGUAUAUUGCGUUCUAAUGAGAUAUCUCUGCCAGCCGGUGGUGUUUCAGAGACAGAACUGCAGCUGACGUUCUCCUUGCAGUAUCCCCACUUCUUAAAACGAGAUGCUAACCGACUACAAAUCAUGCUGCAAAGACGAAAGAGAUAUAAGAACCGCACUAUCUUGGGCUAUAAAAGUUUGGCUGUUGGAGUGAUAAAUAUGGCAGAGGUUCUUCAAUUUCCCAGUGAAAGUGGACUAGUUCUCUCUCUGCAUAGCCAUGUGAAAGAGGUCUCUUUUCCAGUGGCAGAGAUAAACAUUCACUCACUUUCCAGCCAACCAAUUGACCAUGAAGGACCUAAAGCAAAAUUGUCUGACCGCUCUCCGGAUAUUGAGAAUUAUUCUGAAGAUGAAGAUGAAAGUUAUUCUUCUGAGCAGGAGGGUAGCGAUGACCCAUUGCAUGGACCAGAUUAUUUCUAUGAAGAUGAAGAUGUUAGGAAAGUAAAGAAACCACGCAGGAAAAUACAGACUUCAUCAGCCAUAACUAGGCAACCAAACAUUAAACAGAAGUUUGUGGCACUUCUUAAAAGAUUCAAAGUCUCUGAAGAGGUUGGAUUUGGUCUAGAUCAUGUGUCACGAGAUGAGAUCCGGGAAGAAGAUCUUGAUGAGUUAUAUGAUAGUCUUGAGAUGUUCAACCCAAGUGACAGUUGUCCUGAGUUAGAGGAGAGUGAAAGUGUUCUCAGCACACCCAAACCAAAGCUCAGGCCAUUCUUUGAGGGUGUAUCACAGUCGAGUUCUCAAACAGAGAUCGGAAGUUUGAACAGCAAAGGGAGCCAUGGCAAAGACAUCAACAGCCCAGGGGAUCUCUCAGUAGAAGUGAAGGUGGCUCGCCGUGAAGACUCGAUGGAUGCUGAACUCCAGGAUAUAUCUAUGGACUUUUCACAAGAUGUGGAUAGUCUUUCAGAUUCCCUUAGUUUUGCUGUCCCUGAGAAAACCAAACCUAUAAAAAGCCCCAAUGUGACUCCCCAGAGCAGAAGGAGUAUCCCUUCAAGAGAGAAACAAUCAUGCAAAGGACUUGGUGAAAGAACUCAAAGUGCAGAGAGUGAGAGGAUGCAAGACAAUGCACAAAACACACAGAUCCCUAGAAAGACUCUGCUGGAUCAGUUAAAUCAAAACCUCUCAGAUCAAUCCCUUCCAGAAACCAUAAUCAUAGUCCAAACUUCAGACUGGCAGGGUCAGUUUGUCGCAAAUCUGUUUCAGCAGCAUCAUAAACCCUGUGUGUGUAUAACCUGUUCUUCCGAUGUGCAGUGCGCUCUGACUGCUAUUCUUACACGUAUUCAGAGACACUGUCACACAGCACCUGGACCACCACGACCCCUGAAGGUAGUGUGUGUUGGAAGUCACACUUUCCUUAGUUUUCUGCUUGGAACGUAUGUAACAAACUUGGCUGGAAGAUCCUCUGAUUGGCUAGGAUACCUGCGAUUUCUGUUGGUACCCCUGGGCUCUCAUCCUGUAUGUAAAUACCUUGCGUCCUUGGAUCCUCGUUACUUUUCUCUCUUCUUUGAUGUUUCUUGGAGGGAUUUAUUUAGUAAAUCAGAAGCUCCAACUUCAGAACCGUUUGAUGUGAUUGGCCGGAUCAUGCAGUAUGUAGCUGCAGCCACUACCUUACUUCAACUGCCAAUAGCAGAAGCCAUGCUAACCUGCAAACAUAAACUUCAGGAGGAUGAUUCAUAUCAGAAGUUCAUUCCAUUUAUUGGGGUGGUGAAAGUCGGACUGGUGGAGACAUCCCCCCCAAACACUGAUGCAGAAGAUUUGGUUUCCCUUAAUGUCGGUGGUCCUCCUUCUACGUCUCCACCUUCUUCAUCAAUACUCCUCCGAGAUGGAUCUGCAACACCUCCUUCUUCUCCCUCACUUGGAACUGCCCUUCAAGGAAACACAGGGUCUACCUCAGAUGCUCUUGGACUACAGGUAGAUUACUGGCUGAGCUGUGAUCGCCGAAGAGAGAGAGAAGGAGGUGGCAAAAACACUUUAAGAAGCAUCUUCCGAUCUGUUGUGGUAUCACGACUUCCAGGGCCAGACACACCACCUGGAAGCAUGAGCCUUAGUGUUGUGACUGCAGAGCCACGAAAUAAGAAAGUUCCCACGCUUUUCCUCAGUAAAAAGCCGAAGGAAAAAGAUACUGAUGCAAAAAGCCAAAUUAUCGAAGGAAUUAUAAGAUUAAUCUGUUCCGCCAGACAGCAGCAGACCAUGCUGAGAGUAACCGUUGACGGACGUCUUUUCGGGGAUGUGAAGUAUUUCCAAGUGGCAUCACAGUGGCCAACCCACGUGAAGCAUUUUCCUGUUGCAAUAUUUGGCUCAACUACAAAGCCAUGACUACAAAACACUUAAAUAUUAAUUCCAUUUAUAAAAUUUCAGUGUUACAUAUCCCAGUCAUACUUUAAUGUUUAGAUGCUAGUGACUGUGACUUUCUUUCAGGUAAGAACAUACAGCUUGGUAGUCAGUUUACAGACGCAAACAUUCUUAUUUAAAGGGGAAGUUCAGCUAACAAUAAACUUUUAGCAUGUGUUAGAGAAUAGUCAUCUUGAAUUUUUGCAAAUGGUCUGUAUAAUGUGCAUGGCCACAUUUACGUUUCUAUUCUGCUCCUCAGCAAGCUGACAUUUUCACUAUUUCUUUGCAUGGGUCACUGACAAAUAUUCAACAUACUGUAGGUAUGGGAUCUCUUAUCUGGAAACUUUGUAUGCAAAAAGCUUAAAAUGAAUCGAAGGACAGCUUCAAUCUUAAAUGAUGUCCUUUUUAUCUGUAAUAAUAAAACAGUAGCUUGAUCUUAACUAAGCUGCAUUAAUUCGUCUAAAAACAAUUUAGGUUUAUUUAAUGUUAAAAUCUUUUUUAGUACUUUUUAGUUUUGUAGCUUUAAGGUAUGGUGAUUAAAAUUACAGAAAAACCCCAUAUCGAGAAAGUCGCAGGCAUUUCAGAUAAUGGAUCCCAUAAUUGUAACUUCUUUUUUUUUUUUUUUAUUUCUUCACUGGAGAUACUAAAAUAUGAAUUUAUAGUAGUAAGCCUUUUGAAGGGCUUAACUGGCUUCUUUAGAAUGUUUAUUAUUCUUGUAAAUUCUGACUGUGUUCAACCCCUUUUAGUGUUUGCAGUCUGCUUUUUCAUUUUUUUUUUACGUUUUGGUAUGUAUUAUAGCAGUGAUCCCCAACCAGUAGCUCAUGAGCAACGUGUUGCUCACCAACCCCUUGGAUGUUGCUCCCAGUGGUACCAAAGCAGGUGUUUUUUUAAAAAAUUUUGGGGUUGGAGGCAAGUUUUGGUUGCAUAAAAACAGGUGUACUGCCAAACAGAGCCUCCAGUAGGCUGCCAGCCCACAUAGGCACUUCCAAAUAUGCAAUCACAGCCCGUAACUCAAGGAGUUAUUUGCAUGCUUGUGUUGCUCCCCAACUUAUUUUACAUUUGAAAUGUGGCUCACAGGUAAAUAAGGUUGGGGAUCCCUGUAUUAUAGCAUAGAUGUAUCAUUAUAGCAUAGAAUCUACAGCAGCGAUAUUGUGAUAUUUUUAUGCCAGUGCCAUAUGUUCUAUAUCAGAAAAAAUGCUUAAUUGGCUGCUACAUUUAGGUAACCUAACUUUUUCUGAAUCACUUUUCACAACUCUUUAGUCAGUGUGAUAAUCCUCUAACAAGAAUCCAGCAGGUGUGCUUCUCUAUAAGCGAGGUUAUGCCAAGCUGAAAUAAGGCAAAAAAGAAAAACAACAGUAACAAUUUUGAAGUUGUCUCAUAGAUCUAGAAAGAGAGAUAACAUAGAAAAAGGCUAAUGGCACAUGUGGUGGUUUCUUCAGUAGUGGACAAAUGCUGGCAGUGAAAACUCCCAAUCUGGUGUGCAUUUUGUGGCCAGAAUCUGCCCUAUGUGGACACUUACAGUCAGAUACCAUUCCUGCCAUGGUUUACUUCCAUUUUGUGGUUCAGAGCAUUAUCUUCUCUGCUGUGCCCAUUAACCUGAUGCUAAUGUAGAUAUUUACCUGUAGUUACCACAUUUCAGUAUCAAGAUAUUCAGAUAUGCAUUUGUGCAUUACAGCUUGUUUCUUUGACAUUCUUUCAACAUUCUCUGUUUUAGAAUUUAUACUACUAUUAGACUGUUGAAUAUACCGCAAUGUCCUUGGUAAAUUGUUCUAAGCUGCCACUGAGGAAGUGUUCCUGCUGCAGUUAUCUGUAGAAAACCAGUCUUUUGCUGGCACAAUGCUCAAAAUACUGCUGAACUGUUCAGGGGGGUUAUAAUAAUGUAUAGGAUUGUGAGAAAUACACAGAAUAUUUAAUUCAGCACAAGCCAAAUAUAUAGUUAAACAGCAGUAGCAGUUAUUUAUAUUACUACUUCAAUAAACCUUGCUAAAAGUUAAUUUGUAGGCAAACUUCCCCUUUAUCUUUGUUACAUACACUUGUUAUACACAGACACACUUGUUCAACAUACUGAAGAACAUCCUUCUUCUCUACCAUGCUUCAUUAAUUGCCAGUGAUAUUGCAUAUUGUUAUACUCCGUACAUAUAACUAAGUCUCAUAUAUACUACUGUCAAUUGCUGUUGUAUUCAUAUUAGUUUAAAUGUUAUAUAUAGUGUGUCAACCAUGUAUGCAACAGAAAUCUUUACAAUAGUGUGUGUAAACUGUUUGAAAUGUAUUUGUUGUGAAAAAUUACAGGCAUGUGUUUCAGCAUAUACCACCCCAAAAUAUACAUGUGUUACAUAGAGAUAUCUCUCACACACAACUUGGCACUUUUAUUUUUAAUAGAUAAAUAUAUGUAACACAUAGCCAAACUGGUCAUUAAGUGACAUGCCCACAACAUCUGUUACAUCUAAUACGUAUUGUUACAUCUUUGUGUUAUGAAUAAAUAGACAAGGGCUUUUCAGAA